AUGUGUACAUGGUUUAGAGACAUUGUUAGAGAAGCUGUAUAUGAAGGUCAGCAUACUAAACAAGUACAAUUAGGUUUACGAAAUGCACCUACCCCUGAAAUUGGCUCUCUAUGGCCACCACAACUAUCACGUGGGCUCAUCAUUCAAUUGUUUUUGGUGAUCGAAAAAAUGCAAUUUUAA